CAAUUAACGUGCGUAGCCUUCGGGUUUCCUGCUGCCGGAGUGUGGGUGCGCUGCCAGCAGCCGGGUGCUUAGUAGAUGCCAGAGCGCAUCGAUAAGUUCCCAGCGUGUUGUUGCAGCGUCAUUCUGUUUGAAUGAAGUUCAGACUGAGAACUAGCCAACUCUUCCUUCGCGCUCCUGUGGAUUAGAGCAAGAAAAAUUAAGAGCUGAGAAAGUAAAACGUUGCCAAAUAUGCCGGUGUUUACAGUAAAUGUGAAAUGGGGAAAAGAGAAGUUUGAUGCAGUGGAGCUGAACACAGAGGAACCUCCCAUGGUUUUUAAGGCUCAGCUCUUUGCGUUGACAGGCGUUCAGCCAGACAGACAGAAGGUCAUGGUGAAGGGAGGCACUCUGAAGGAUGAUGAGUGGGGGAACAUUAAACUGAAAAAUGGAAUGACUCUGCUGAUGAUGGGCUCAGCAGAUGCCCUGCCUGAGGAGCCUGCUGUCCGGCCUAUGUUUGUGGAGGACAUGACUGAGGAGCAGCUGGCCUCAGCGAUGGAGCUGCCUUGUGGAUUAACAAACUUAGGCAACACCUGUUAUAUGAAUGCCACCGUGCAAUGUCUGCGCUCUGUGCCUGAGCUUAGAACUGCGCUCAGAAGGUACUCGGGUGCUCUGCGAUCUUCAGGGGCAAAUGCACCAUCACAAUACAUCACAGCAGCCCUUCGUGACUUAUAUGAAACCAUGGACAAGACCUCGUCCAGCCUCCCACCUAUUAUUUUGCUGCAGUUCCUUCACAUGGCUUUCCCACAGUUUGCUGAGAAGGGGGAACAAGGACAGUAUCUCCAGCAGGAUGCAAAUGAGUGCUGGCUGCAGAUGAUGAGAGUUCUCCAGCAGAAGUUGGAGCCUCUGGAGCCAGAAACUCCAAUGGAGGCUGAGUCUGAAAGUGGAGCUGCAUCAGCCUCAACAAAGAAAAACUUGAUCGACCAAUAUUUUGGUGUAGAAUUUGAAACUGCCAUGAAAUGCACAGAAUCUGAGGAGGAGGAGCCAAUCAAAGGCAAGGAAAGCCAGCUCCAGCUCAGCUGCUUCAUAAACCAAGAAGUCAAAUACUUGGCUACAGGACUAAGGCUGAGACUGCAGGAGGAAAUCACAAAAAUGUCUCCAUCCCUGGAAAGAAAUGCCCUGUAUAUUAAAUCUUCAAAACUCAGCCGUCUCCCUGCCUAUUUGACUGUCCAAAUGGUCCGAUUUUUCUACAAAGAGAAGGAGUCUGUCAAUGCAAAAGUCCUCAAGGAUGUCAAGUUCCCACUCAUGCUGGAUGUCUAUGAGUUGUGCACUGCGGAGCUCCAGGAGAAGAUGCUGCCAAUCAGGUCCAAGUUCAAGGAUGUUGAGGACAAGAAGUUGGAGAAACAGCAGCAAAAGUUGCCGAAGAAGCCAGAUGCCGCAAAAGAAGUGAAAUAUGAUCCUUUCUCAUUCCCAGAUGAUCUCGGUUCCAACAACAGUGGCUACUAUGACCUGCAAGCAGUCUUAACACAUCAGGGCCGCUCAAGCUCAUCAGGCCAUUAUGUGGGAUGGGUCAAAAGGAAAGAAGAUGAGUGGGUUAAGUUUGAUGACGAUAAGGUGAGUGUGGUGUCUCCAGAGGACAUCCUGCGGCUGUCUGGUGGCGGAGACUGGCAUAUAGCCUAUGUUCUACUGUAUGGCCCCCGGCGGCUAGAAAUACUUGAAGAGGAACAGUAGCUGUGGCAGAUUUCCUGUACAUCAAAGAUGACAUUCGACACAAACAAAUUGCCAUUUCCAAGCACUGUCUGCAUAGAUGUGCAAUAAAACAGGUGUCUUUAAAGAUUUGAUUACCUUAUUUUUUUUUGUUUUGUAACCAACACAAAUGCUUGUAAAACAAAUUCUGUCAAGUGUUAAAUAUUGAACCAUAGUGGGCUGAAAUUACAGGAACAACAAGGCACUUGCUGGACUGGAUCCUUGAAAGAGGUUUUUGAGUCUCGCUCUGCAGUUUCAUUAAAUGUUUUAUACACAUUGUAUAUUUUUUUAAAACCUUUGAAAAGGUGCUCAUAUCAUUGAAGCGAAACAUUUCACAACUCGAGUCAUUUAUUCAUCUUGUAUAAAACUGCCUAUCUGAGCUGUUGUCCCUCAUGUACUGGUUUGUACUUUCUCAGAUUUUCACUGAACACUGUAAAGACUUGGCCUUGUUCACCGGUUGGCUCUCUGGGAAAUUUGGACUCAAUCUCAGGUCUUUUCUUAAGUGCUUGGCUUGCAUCUUUUCCUGGGAUUGUUCUGAUGAAUUGACAGAUCCUUAUAGUUAAAGGUUUUUUUUUGGGGGGGGGGCAGUGUGGGGAACUGGUUUAGUCUUUGUGAAUUAAGUGCAGUUAAAAGACUUGAGAUUCAGUCAUGAUGGUUUACUCAACAAGCCUUUAACAUUGUUCUUGCUGACACUGAAGACUGUCAUCCAUACCCUUAAGAUGCUUUGCUCCACUUAGUUUCUCCGUGCAGGUUCCUGAUCACCCUGCCACAAUGUGUAAGAUGUAACCAUCAACACUGUAAUAAGUUAUUGACUGAUCGCUUCUCAUAGGUGGUGAAAAUAAACUUAUACCAAACA